AUGAUGCUGCUCGUUAUCAGCUUCGCGGCGUUAGCGUGCUGCGCCGCGGCACGGCCUCAACCCAGCUACCUGGAGAACCAUUUCACCGCCGAGACCGAGUCAGUGGAAGUACGCUCAGCUGCCAUCAAGAGACUUUUAGAGGUUUUUGGGAUGGAGGACCCCCCUGCUGCCCAUGCGCACAAGCAGGCCCCCCAGUACAUGCUGGACCUGUACAACACGGUUGCUGAUGUGGACGGAGUGACCAAAGACCCGUAUCUUCUGGAGGGGAAUACAGUGCGCAGUUUUUUUGACAAAUUGCACAGUGAACAGGUGGAGUUCAGGUUCAAUUUGUCCACGGUCGGAAGAACUGAGAAGAUUCUCACUGCAGAGCUCCAUCUCUUCAAGCUGCGACCUCAGGCAUCACUGACAUACAACAGGCACCAUUUCUGCCAGGUUAGUGUGUAUCAGCUGCUCGACACCAGCAGAAACAGCAGGACACAGGACAGGAAGCUGCUCUCUUCUCGACUCAUCCCAGUCCACUCCACUGGGUGGGAAGUGUUCACCAUCACACAAGCAGUGCGCUCCUGGAUGGGAGAUGAGGGCAGUAACCUGGGGCUCCACGUGGUGGUUCGGACACUGGGAGGAAGCAUGAUGGAUCUGAAACUGAUCCGCUUCGCUUCAGGACGCAACCACCACCAGAGUAAACAGCCCAUGUUGGUCCUCUUCACUGACGAUGGCCGCCGCCGCUCGACUCCUCCUGAAACCAUAG